CCAUUACCCACGGUAAUGACUCCAAGAAGGCAAACGUAAAAUCGUUCCCCCUCCAUCAGACAAACGGCGAUGCCACGUGAAAUGACAUAUGCGUUUCUCAGGUGUGACGUCAUGGCUCCUUGACGUCUGCUUAAGAGCCUGAGCACUCGGUGCUGCUCCUCACAACUCGUAAAGGUGUUGGCAUCUCGUUCUAUCUAUUACCUGCCGAAUGUUGCGAACGAAGCUACACGGCGUUGCACGGAGUGCGCGCGCUCUCCGACCAACCAUUCUAUAUUCUUGCCAGAUUCACGACACUCGCAUAGCAUCAAAAACAGUCACAGAGAAAGUUGCAGAAGUCGCCGAUAAGGUCAACAUGAAAGUAGGGAAGGGUUUAGCAUCCGCGAUUGAAGCCGGCGAAAAGGCCACGGAAAAAACCAAAGAGACUCUGGCAGCCUCGUCGGCAAAAGCAGAACGUGUAUCACAGACCGCACAGGAGAAGGCUGAGAGUGCAAAGCGAGCUGGACGUGAAAAGAUUGAGAGCGUGAAGAAAACCACUGGAGAAGCAACUGAGGAAACCAAAUGCAAGGCCAAUGAGGCGGAAGGUAAAGCAAGCUAGAAGUGGGGUAUAGCUCCCCUCGACUGUAGCUAACCAGCGACGAAUUGCCGUUCACCUGCGUUUGUGAUAUGACCGUUCGUCCGGAGGCUCGUCGAACGUUAUGGUGACGUGUCUCCCAGUAUGAAUACCGUGCUUGUACUUCGGAGAUCGAUGUAGUCACUUUCCGUAUCGUACUAGUAUGGACAACAUUGCUCACGAAGUGCUCUGCCAAAACACUUUACUACUACAGUAAAGUAUUACCAUGCAUGACCAGCCCAGCAUCAGGUGAAUUCACUAGCUCAGUUCAGAAGUUGAUGUCCGAGUGCAACAAAAUCUUGCGCGCAAGACAAAUCGGUGUGGAAAGCCAAAAUCAAG